AAAUCUUGGUAGUGUCAGGUUGUGUAAUUGUGCGGCAGGAGUUUCGAUGGUGAAAACCAUUAAUUAAAAUGAGUGGAAAUUCCCUUCGUAAUUUUGGUAGUCGAUACAUUUCUAUGCUGACGCAAGUAUGGUCAGGAACCUCCCGAAUGGUUACAAAUUCUGAGGAAUUAUUGCAGAAAACACUUCAAUCCAAAUUCCCGUUGGCUAAAAAUAUCACGGUCAGCGACAUUUCUGGUGGCUGUGGCUCAAUGUAUGAAAUAUUCGUCGAAACAUCCGAGUUCAAAGGGCUGUCCACCGUCAAACAGCACAAAUUAAUAACAGAAAUACUUAAAGAUGAAAUAAAAAACAUGCAUGGCCUAAGGAUACGGACAGCUAUUGCUGAAAAGUAACUAAGCCAUGAGAAAUAAGCAGAAGCGGAUAUUCAAUUGUUGUACAAGCACUUAGAUAUCAUAUUAAGGAAAAUAAUCAACCAAACCACUCACCUAAACAGGAUAAGUUUCCAAACAACGUACGAGGGUGUCACUAAUAAAUCAUUCGAAAACAACAAU